AUGAGCAAUAAUCAGUACAAUAAUAAAAAGUUGGCUCCAUUUAAAAGACAGAGAGAUACUCUCAAGGAGGAAUUAAAAAAACUCUAAUAAGAAUAAGCAGACGAGGAAAAAUUGAAUGACAAUUAUUUUGACGAAAUUGGUCGAGUGGAAAAAGUACUUUAUUAAAUAUGAUUUAGGAAUAUGAAUCUUUAAUCAAACAAAUUGAACUCUAUCACAAACACAAUCAUACAUUAAAAGCUAUUGGUGAAACAGAUCAAAAUUAAGGUGUAGAUGAGACAAUAGAAAAAAAUGUAAUUUAAACAUUGAAUCUAUUUCUUCUGAAUACCAGUAAAAAGGAGUAUUUAGAAAGUAUUUAGGAACAAGAAAUAUCAAAGAAGUAAUUACAAGUUGGAAAUCUCAUUAUGACAUAAAAUUAACCCAAUGAUGAAAAACAAAUAAUCCAGGAAGUUGAAAAAGUUAUUCUUGAAGAUGGAUAUUUUGUGUCUUUGAAAUAGGGUUGCAACUCCUUGGUUGUUAAAAUACCAGGGACGGUACGCACAUUCAGAGAGUUAAAAUAGAUUGUAAAAUCAUGUUUUAUGGCAGAAGAGAAAGAGAUAUUUUAUACAGAUUUAAUGGGAAAUGUACUUUAACCUGAUAUGAUUAUUUUGGACCAACUUUACCCAUCGAUUUAUGAGUUGCUUAAAAAUUAUCAACCUGUCAUAGGAAUUAAAAUCAUUAAAUAAAAAAAAAUUAGAGAAGACACCAAAAAAACUGAAGCAGAUUUUUUGUUUGAUGGAGCCACCCAAGAAUUAAUGACUAAAUAGCUCAGAUCAAUUAAAAGAAUUUAAAAAUCUAUUAAUUGGUCCAAAUAUAUGGAUUAUUUGACCAGUCUCAAAUACUUUUUGGAAUCUAUUUUAUUCGUCUCACUAUUAAUUUUAUAUGCAAUUAUUGAAAUUAGUGAGUUAGACUUUUUCACAAAUUCUUAAUUACUUUUAAACUAGAGCUUAAAUAUGGCAAUCUAAAAGUCCUACAUAUCUCCAAUUACUAACUUAUCCUAAAUUAUUUCCCUAUCAAUCCCUAAUGGAUCAGUUCAUGGUUUGAGUCCUACCUAUCCUCUUCAGUCCGGCCUACUUAUUCAAACUCUUGUUGGUAUAGUAAAUAUUUAAUGAUAAUUAGGAUAACAUCAAUAAUUGCGAUAUUCUGAAUGAAAAUCAAAAGCAAAUGUAUUUGGGUAAAAAUUAAUCCUGCUUGUUGUUUGACAUAUACUUCUUACAUUAAGUAUUCUAUCAGAAGAUAUAUAUGUAUUUUAUUUUUCAAAAGCAUUGAACAGCUUAUAUAAACAAAUGAUCGAUAAAUUUAAUUAUUAUACUAAUAACAAAUUAAUGUAAAAGAAUCUAAAAGUGUUAUUAUUUUAUCAUUCUACCUUAGUUAAAAAUCCUCUGUGAUGGCAACAUAACAUAAACCAGCUAAUUAAAUCAAAGUUACACUAAAUUAAAUUUUGACCCUAAAGUCUAUAACGAAUAGUUCGGAGGUUAUGUUUGGGAAUUUAAUUUAAGCUCAAGAGAAUCCUUUUAAGAAAGUUAUGAUUAAAUGGUUUCAGAAGAAUGGUUGUAAUAUAAUAUCAAACAAUCCCAAUUCUUGUUGAAUUAUUAUAAUGGUCCUACUUAGAGAAUUAUAUAGGUAAGUAUCACUACGCUUUAUUUAUUCAACGACGUAAAUAUUUUGAUGAUAUUUAGCGUCUCUUGAAUUAUAAUAGCUUUUCAGCGGAAGGUUUUAAUUUAAAAGAUAUACCAGAACAAGUUCUAAUAAACAAAGACAUUAUAUUUUAUUGUUCGAUUGUCCUAUUGAUUUCCUCCUUUUUUGGUAGACAACUAAUUAAAAUUAUAUAGAUUUCUUUGGCUUAUACUUUGUAGGGACUAAAAAUAAUUUGAUUGUGAUCUACCUGUAAUACUAAGAAUUACUGAACAGGAAGAAAAAAUUGGAGGCUAAAAAAAGGUAGAUAAGCGAAAGUGAUUAAAAAGAUCUAUAGUAGAAACAAUUGAUAGUAGGAGAAUAUGCAAUAAUAAAUUUAAAGGUGAUUUAUGUUACAAUUAGANGAUUUUUUGUUUGA